AUGCCUCAACACAAAAUUGCUCAACCACAACACAUCGUGCUGCCAAACGGCCUCGAGUACGACCAGCCCACGGGUCUGUUCAUCAACAACGAGUUCAUCGAGUCGUCUCACUCGAAGAAAAUCUCCGUGCAGAACCCUUCCACAGAGGAGACCAUCGGUGACGUGUUCUCCGGUUCCAAAGAGGACGUCGAGUACGCCGUCGACGUUGCUGAACAUGCGUUCCAGGAGUCCGACUGGGCCACCCAGGACCCAAAGAACAGGGCUAAGCUGCUAAACAAACUGGCCGACCUCAUGGAGGAGGAACUGGAGUUGAUCGCCUCGAUCGAGUCCCUGGACAACGGUAAGACCCUUGCCUUGGCCCGUGGUGACGUCGGUCUGUCUAUCAACUGUAUCAGGGACGCCGCUUCGUACGCUGACAAGAUCAACGGGAGAACCAUCGAGACCGGCGAUGGGUACAUGAACUUCACGCUAAGAGAACCAAUCGGUGUCUGCGGUCAAAUCAUCCCAUGGAAUUUCCCUCUGAUGAUGUUGUCCUGGAAAGUCGCUCCUGCACUUGCCAUGGGUAACGUGCUCAUCCUGAAGCCAGCAUCAGCGACCCCAUUGAACGCUUUGUACUUUGCAUCGUUGGUCAAGAGAGUCGGGUUCCCCAGCGGUGUCGUGAACAUCAUCCCAGGUGGUGGUAGAGAAGUCGGGACUGUGAUCACAGAGCACCCAAGAAUCAGGAAAGUCGCAUUCACCGGGUCUACCGAUAUUGGUAAAGAUAUCGCCGUCAAGGCCUCUGGUUCCAACUUGAAGAAGAUCACUCUGGAGCUGGGUGGGAAGUCCGCUCAUUUGGUCUUCAACGACGCAAACAUCGAAAAGACUUUGCCCAACCUUGUUGACGGGAUCUUCAAGAACGCAGGGCAGAUCUGCUCCUCAGGGUCCAGAAUAUACGUCCAAGAGGGGAUCUACGACAAGUUGCUUUCAAGCUUCAAGACUUACGUCGAAAACUUGAAGGUCGGUUCCCCCUUCGACGAGGACAACUUCCAAGGUGCCAUCACGAACGAGGAACAGUUCAACACCAUCAUGAAAUACAUUGGCCUCGGUAAGGAGGAAGGUGCUAAAGUGUUGACCGGUGGUGGUAGAGUCGGCACGAAGGGGUUCUUCGUCGCACCAACGAUCUUCUACGACGUCCACGAGGAAAUGAGAGUCGUCAAGGAGGAAAUCUUUGGGCCUGUGGUCACCAUCUCCAAGUUCAAGACUUUGGAGGAAGGUGUCAAGAUGGCCAACGACUCCGAGUUCGGUCUGGGUGCUGGUAUCGAGACAGAGAACUUGAGCACCGCUUUGAAGGUCGCCAAGCUGUUGAAGUCGGGGACUGUGUGGAUCAACACCUACAACGACUUCGACUCCAGAGUGCCCUUCGGUGGUGUCAAGCAGUCUGGGUACGGUAGAGAAAUGGGUGAAGAGGUCUACCACUGCUACACGGAGGUCAAGGCCGUCAGAAUCAAGUUGUGA